AUGCCAAACAUUGUCUCUAAUACAACACCUUCUGAAUCUAUUGAUAUGCCACAAAAAAUACAACCUGAACAAAACAAAGCGACAAACCAAUUUUUUAAUACUAUUGCACUUUUAAGAGGUGUUUGCUCUGUUAUGAUAAUGUUAUAUCAUUUCGCAGAAUUCAAUCCCUUUGCUAAAAAGUAUUUCUUUAGCCAUAGUUACCUCGCAGUUGAUUUCUUCUUUCUAGUAUCUGGAUUUUUUGUCUCUUAUACAAACAGAAGGACAAAAGACUACAACUUUAUAGUCAAAACGCAAAGUAUUUUAAAAUCAAUUAUUUACACCUUUUGGCAAAAAAUAAACCAACUAUUUCGAUUCAAAAAUUUGGCAAAUUCUUUCAAAAAUGAAAACAUGGAAAUUGUUAUUAAUGAUACAGUUGACUUGUCUUCAUCGGAAAACUCAAAAAACUCUUCUCAAGUAAACAGUGAAGAAAAUGGUAAUAAAAUAAACGAUAAAACAGAUCAAAAUGACAUUCAAACGGUAAACGAAAAUGUAACUGACAACACUACACUUAAAAUAGAAAACAAAAUGUUAUUUGAAAACAAUUGCAAAAAUGAAAAGAUUGAAAAAUGUCAAACACAAAAACCGAAUGUUUUUAAUCCAUUUAAAUUCCUUUUGCGUCGAGCUGUUCGACUUUUCCCCAUGCAAUUGUUCAGUACAAUUAUGGCUUUUACCUCGUAUACUUCCUUUUACAGUUUGAGUUUCGGUAAUUUUGUUCUGUGUUUUUUAUUGAACACUUUUGCCAUACCAAAUUGGAAUUACAGAUACACAUUUAAUCCCAAUUUAGUCAUGUGGACCAUUUUUUACGAAUACGUUUAUGCUUUGAUAUAUGCAUUUUUCUUAAAAUACAUUCAUAUUGUGUUGAUGAUAUUUGUUGAUGUCGUGUUUUGUUUACUAUUAGUUUUGAGUCAACUUCAUGUUUUAAAAUUUAGUUUUUGGCAAGAAACUAUGUCUUUUAAUAUGGGAUAUAGUUUAUAUGACAGUGGAUUGUUUGUUGGAUUCACACGUGCUGGAUUUUCAUAUGUGAAUGGAAUUGUGUUUGAAUUUCUGAUCUCAAAAUUACAAAUAUGGUGGAUGAAAAAGUACAACAAGAAACUAGAAAUACCGUUUGGUGCAUUUAUUUGUGUUUUGAUUGUUGUUAUUUCUUUUGUAAUAAACGUUCAAAAUAUAAAUGGAAUGCUUGAUAAUGUUUACUGUUUAAUGUGUGUAUGUGUUGUGUAUCCACUUGUCCUCAUUGUGGCUACUAACCACGAAAUACAAAAUCCUGUUAUUAAAAAAUUGGCGAUAUUUGGUGGAAAUGUGUCGUACCCACUGUUUGCAUUACAUUAUACGUUUAUGCAAUACUUAGCCGAGAGAAAUAUAGUUAAUAUAAAUAACACGGAAUUGGUGAAAUGGGUUCUUUAUUUACAAAUGUCAUUUGUCGUGUUUGUCUUUUCUUGUGCUGUACAAAUUUACUAUGACGAACCAAUUCGGAUAUAUAUUUCUCGAAAAUUAUUCCAAAAAAAAUAA